AUGCCUGCCAUUCCCUCUUCCCCCGAACCAAAGGGCUCUAAGGACCUGGGGACCCCUAUGCGAGAACCAUCGUUCCCUUCAAGUCCUUCAACCGGCGGUGUUGUCGCAUACAACGAGUCCCAAGGCCCUCGGACCACAACAAGUGGAGCCAUGUUUUACCCGGCUUCUAUGCAAUUCGGCUCAAAUAACGGAAGAUCUGUCUGUCUUGAACUCGAGGAUGGCACUGUCUACAGAGGAUUCAACUUUGGAGCCGAAAGGAGCACUGCUGGAGAACUGGUUUUCCAGACCGGUAUGGUGGGGUACCCUGAAUCCUUGACAGAUCCCUCGUAUCGAGGUCAGAUCCUGGUCAUAACGUUCCCUCUCGUGGGAAAUUAUGGUGUGCCGUCGCGUGACAAGAUGGACGAACUGUUAAAGGAUCUACCAAAGCACUUUGAGUCGGAUCAGAUUCACGUCGCCGGCUUGGUGGUUGCUAACUACUGCGGCGAAGCUUUCUCUCACUUUUUAGCUGAAAGCUCCCUUGGCGAAUGGUUGAAGGAGCAAAACGUGCCAGCCAUUUACGGUAUUGACACCCGAGCCUUGACCAAACGGAUCAGGGAAAAGGGUAGUAUGUUGGGACGUAUGCUUCUCCAAAAGGCAACUUCUGUUGCUCAGGAUAGCACCAUUGAGCAACAAUUAGACAACUGGAGAGAAACCCAUGAAGUGGUGGACUGGGAAGACCCAAACAAAAGGAAUUUGGUUGAUGAUGUGUCGAUCAAGGAGCCUAAGCUCUAUAGUCCACCCGGAAACCCACUUUUACACCCAUCGGGACGUCCUAUCCGCAUUCUUUGUGUAGAUGUGGGUUUGAAAUACAACCAGUUGAGGUGCCUACUCUCCCGUGGUGUCGAGGUGCUCGUCGUACCUUGGAACUACAAUUUCCCCAGCCUUGCAGGCAAAGAAUAUGAUGGGCUCUUCCUCUCAAACGGUCCGGGUGACCCUGCCACCCUAGAUUCCACGGUCUCCCACUUGAAGAUAGCUGUCAAAGAGAAUAAAACACCAAUCUUCGGUAUCUGUCUUGGGCACCAGCUCUUAGCAAGAGCGGCAGGUGCGAAAACUCUUAAGAUGAAAUUUGGAAAUCGAGGACACAACAUUCCAUGCACAAGCAUGCUUUCUGGUCGCUGUUAUAUUACUUCUCAGAAUCAUGGCUACGCUGUUGAUUCCAAGACUCUUCCGGAAGGGUGGGAAGAACUCUUCAUUAACGCUAAUGAUGCUAGCAAUGAAGGUAUCAGACAUGCUAGCCGCCCGCUAUUUAGUGUGCAGUUCCAUCCAGAGAGUACCCCUGGGCCACGGGACACUGAGUUUUUGUUUGACGUCUUUAUCAGUACCGUGAAGCAGUGCCUUGAAUCCAAGAACGCUCUAUCCAAACCUGUUAAUUUCCCAGGCGGGACUAUCGCAGAGAACACUAUUGCCCAUCCGCGAGUUCACGUCAAGAAAGUUUUGAUUCUAGGCAGCGGUGGUCUUAGCAUUGGCCAGGCAGGAGAGUUUGAUUACUCCGGCAGCCAAGCUAUCAAAGCUCUGAAAGAGGAAGGAAUAUACACCGUUUUAAUCAACCCUAACAUCGCUACUAUUCAAACUUCGAAGGGUCUCGCAGAUAAGGUCUAUUUCCUUCCGGUAAAUGCCGAUUUUGUUCGUAAAGUGAUCAAACGCGAGCGGCCUGAUGCUAUCUAUGUCACAUUCGGUGGCCAAACUGCCCUCCAAGUUGGUAUUCAGCUUAAGGAUGAAUUCGAAGAGCUUGGUGUGAAAGUACUUGGUACACCAAUCGACACUAUCAUUACAACUGAGGACCGUGAGCUAUUUGCUCGUAGCAUGGAGGCCAUUGGUGAGAAGUGUGCCAAAUCCGCAUCAGCUUCCAAUUUGGAAGAAGCAAUGGAAGCCGUGAAAGGCAUCGGAUUCCCAGUAAUUGUCAGAGCUGCUUAUGCCUUAGGUGGUUUGGGAAGUGGUUUCGCUGAAAAUGACGACCAGCUCCGCGACCUUUGUACCAAGGCUUUUGCCGCAAGUCCCCAGGUCCUUAUUGAGAGGAGUAUGAAAGGCUGGAAAGAGAUUGAGUACGAGGUUGUUCGAGAUGCCCGUGAUAACUGCAUCACUGUCUGCAACAUGGAAAAUUUUGAUCCAUUAGGAAUUCAUACCGGUGACUCUAUUGUCGUCGCGCCAUCCCAGACGCUGUCUGACGAGGACUACAAUAUGCUUCGUACUACAGCUGUCAACGUGAUCCGCCAUCUUGGAGUCGUCGGUGAGUGUAAUAUUCAAUAUGCUCUUAAUCCCUUCUCAAGGGAAUAUUGUAUUAUUGAAGUCAAUGCUCGUUUAUCGCGAUCAUCUGCGUUGGCUUCAAAGGCUACUGGAUACCCCCUGGCAUUUAUAGCCGCAAAACUUGGUCUCGGAAUUCCACUAAAUGAGAUAUCCAACUCUGUUACCAAAGUUACUUGUGCCUGUUUUGAACCUUCCUUAGAUUACGUCGUCGUUAAGAUUCCUCGAUGGGACUUGAAGAAGUUCACCCGUGUAUCAACCCAGCUCGGCUCCUCAAUGAAGAGUGUAGGGGAGGUCAUGAGUAUCGGAAGAACAUUCGAGGAAGCCAUCCAAAAGGCUAUCAGAGCUAUUGAUUUCCACAAUCUCGGUUUCAACGAAACAAGUGCAUUGAUGUCGAUCAAGAACGAGCUUCAAACCCCAUCUGAUCAACGACUCUUUGCAAUCGCCAAUGCCAUGCACUCCGGCUACACUGUUGAUGAAAUAUGGGAAUUGACCAAGAUUGACAAAUGGUUUUUGCGAAAACUUGAAGGGCUGAGCCUGUUUGGCAAGCAAAUGAGCAGCUAUAAUGCCACGACUGUGCCUAUUCCUCUCAUCAGACAAGCCAAGCAACUCGGAUUCUCUGAUCGCCAGCUUGCGAGAUUUUUAAGCUCCAACGAACUUGCUGUUAGACGUAUGCGUGUUGAAGCUGGAAUAAUCCCCUUCGUUAAGCAGAUCGAUACAGUGGCAGCUGAGUUCCCCGCUUUUACGAACUACUUGUAUCUGACUUACAACGGUUCUGAAAAUGAUGUGGCUUUUGACGAUCAAGGCAUCAUGGUUCUUGGCUCAGGCGUUUAUAGAAUUGGAUCUUCGGUUGAAUUUGAUUGGUGCUCUGUUAGAACUAUUCGCACACUUCGAGAGCAAGGACACAAAACAGUCAUGGUUAAUUAUAAUCCGGAGACUGUCAGUACGGACUAUGACGAGGCUGAUCGUCUUUAUUUUGAAAAUAUCACAUUGGAAACAGUCCUUGAUAUCUACCAGCUAGAGUCAUCUAGUGGAGUCGCAAUCUCCAUGGGAGGCCAGACGCCAAACAACAUUGCCUUGCCCCUCCAUCGUCUCAAUGUUAAGAUUCUUGGAACAUCUCCCGAAAUGAUUGAUACAGCUGAGAAUCGCUACAAAUUCUCACGUAUGCUUGACAGAAUUGGGGUUGAUCAACCCGCAUGGAAAGAACUUACUAGCAUUGAAGAAGCCACUACAUUCUGUGACAAGGUCGGCUACCCCGUUCUUGUACGACCUUCCUACGUUCUUUCAGGAGCAGCUAUGAACACUGUCUACUCUCAAGACGAUCUGGCGAAUUAUCUUCACCAAGCGGCUGAGGUAUCCCGAGAACACCCUGUUGUUAUCACUAAAUAUAUCGAAAAUGCCAAGGAGAUUGAAAUGGAUGCUGUGGCAAAGAAUGGUGUAAUGUGUGGCCAUUUCAUCUCCGAACACGUUGAGAAUGCUGGUGUCCACUCCGGUGAUGCUACUCUAAUUGUUCCGCCCCAAGACCUAGACCCUGAGACUGUAAGGAGAAUCGAAGAAGCAACCAGCAAAAUCGGAGAUGCUCUGAAUGUUACUGGACCUUUCAACAUUCAAUUCAUUGCCAAGGAUAAUGAAAUCAAGGUCAUCGAGUGCAAUGUCCGAGCCUCACGAUCUUUCCCGUUUGUCUCAAAGGUCAUGGGUGUUGAUCUGAUUGAGAUGGCUACUAAGGCUAUGAUUGGGAAACCAUUCGAGGCGUACCCACCGGUAAAUAUUCCGCAACGUUAUGUUGGUAUCAAGGUGCCGCAAUUUUCAUUCUCUAGACUCUCCGGUGCGGAUCCUGUACUCGGCGUGGAGAUGGCUUCUACUGGCGAGGUUGCCUGUUUCGGUCGCGACCGAUAUGAAGCGUACCUAAAGGCUCUCAUAUCCACUGGGUUUAAAUUGCCCGAGAAGAACAUCCUUGUCUCUAUGGGCUCAUUCAAAGAUAAGAUGGAGAUGUUGCCAUCUAUCACCAAGCUGCACAAGAUGGGCUUCAACCUUUUUGCAACUGCUGGUACAGCUGACUUCUUGCGGGAGCAUGGCAUUCCAGUGAAAUACUUGGAGCUGCUUGCAGGAGAUGGUGAAGACUUGAAGUCUGAAUACUCUCUCACACAGCAUCUAGCCAACAACCUCAUCGACCUUUACAUCAACCUUCCUUCGAGCAACAAGUUUAGACGACCGGCUAACUAUAUGAGUAAGGGUUACCGCACCCGACGAAUGGCUGUUGACUACCAAACUCCCCUUGUGACGAAUGUCAAGAACGCCAAGAUUUUGAUUGAAGCCAUGUCUCGACGGUAUGAUUUGAGUGUAGCGCCAAUUGAUUUCCAAACGAGCCAUCGAACUAUAUCUUUGCCUGGACUCAUCAAUGUCGCCGCCUUUGUCCCGGGAAUUGCAGAGAAGGACUCGACGGACUUCCAAGAAGUCACUAAAGCAUCCAUCGCCGCUGGUUUCUCUAUGAUCCGAGUUUUGCCUGUAGGAAUCAACAGCUUUGUCACUGACGCACAAGCCUUAAAGCUGGCGCAACUCAAUUCACAAAAGGGUUCCUACUGCGAUUUCAACUUUUCAGUUACUGCAACUGCCACGAAUGCGGAUCAGGUAGAUCUUAUAUCAAGCGAGGUUGGCUCCUUGUUCAUUCCAUUCAACCACUUGGCCGGUAAUAUCAACAAAGUUGCGACUGUCACAACCCAUUUUGCUUCCUGGCCAUCCAACAAGCCUAUCAUAACCGAUGCAAAGGGUACAGACCUUGCUUCGAUCCUUCUCCUGGCUAGCCUCCACAACCGCAAUGUACAUGUUAUGAGCGUCACAUCUCAAGAAGACAUUAAAAUUAUUGCGCUUAGCAAAGAAAAGGGGCUAAGAGUGACUUGUGAUGUUUCGAUCUAUUCGUUGUUUUUGUCGCAGGAAACCUUCCCAGAGAGCUGCCACCUACCAACCAAGAAAGACCAAGAAUCGCUCUGGGAACAUCUCAGUACGAUUGAUGUCUUCAGUAUUGGAAGCCUCCCAUACGAGACUGCCGGCAAAAAUGCAUCCCCCACGGUUGGAUUGCCGGAUGCGCUCCCUAUUCUCUUGACGGCAGUAUCCGAGGGGCGACUAACCAUCGACGAUAUAACCAAAAGGCUGUAUGAGAACCCGAAGAAGAUCUUCGAGCUGCAUGAUCAGCCUGAUACUUUUGUGGAAGUUGAAGUUGAUCGUCCGUAUGUUUUCCAGAGUCAAGGUGCCUGGUCACCAUUUACUGGUAAAACGUUGCGUGGUUCCAUCCAGCGUGUCAAUUUCCAGGGAAAGACAGCAUGUCUCGAUAGUGAAAUUCUUCCUGACGCACCUAGGGGCAUGGACAUGUCAUCCCACACCUUAGCACCACCCCAGUCGCCUUCAGCCAAGGAGAUAACCCCUCGGUCUCCAAUGGCAAUGGGCUCAAUUGGCAGGCGUUUGUCAUUCACGACUACUCCACAGGCCCGCCCAUCGCCAUUGAAACAAGUUGAUUCCCUUGCUACUGCCGAUGAACUUGGACCACCACUAUAUGCUACCCCAUCCACUGGAGGGACUCCAUCACUCCAGGAACUGCUUUCCCGCUCUACGUUCAGGCAUAAACAUAUACUAUCUGUCAACCAGUUCAACAGAUCUGACCUGCAUUUACUGUUUACAGUAGCGCAGGAGAUGCGACUAGGGGUUCAGCGCCAGGGUGUUCUCGAUAUCCUCAAGGGUCGUGUUCUAUGUACCCUGUUUUAUGAGCCAUCUACCCGCACUUCUGCCUCCUUCGAUACGGCAAUGCAACGACUGGGUGGGCGAACCGUGGCUAUCGCCACUCAGCAUUCAUCCGCUCAAAAGGGCGAGACCUUGCAAGAUACCAUUCGCACUCUUGCUUGUUACUCUGAUGCGGUCGUUCUCCGCCACUCUGAAGAGAGUAGUGCGUCCACGGCAGCCAAAUUCUCCCCAGUCCCAAUCAUCAAUGGUGGAAAUGGCAGCCAAGAGCAUCCUACCCAGGCGUUCCUCGACCUCUUCACCAUUCGUGAAGAGCUGGGUACCGUCAGCGGGAUCACUGUUACGUUUACAGGCGACCUUAAACAUGGGAGAACAGUUCACUCUCUCAUAAAGUUGCUUCAGUUCUACCAAGUUCGCAUACAGCUUGUUUCUCCCAAGGCCUUGUCCUUGCCGGAAGACAUCCGCCAACAGGUCAUCAAGUCUGGCCAGCUUAUCGUUGAAACCAACGAACUGACGCCAGAAGUCGUUGCUCGCUCUGAUGUCUUGUACUGUACACGAGUCCAGAAGGAACGUUUUGCGGAUCAAGAGGAAUAUGAGAGGCUAAAGAAUAGCUUUGUCAUUGACAAUUCUAUCAUGAACCAGGCGAAGAGCCAGAUGGUGGUCAUGCAUCCGCUUCCAAGAAACGCAGAAAUUGACGAACAAGUGGACUUUGACCAGCGCGCUGCCUAUUUUAGACAGAUGAGGUACGGUCUCUACUGCCGUAUGGCGUUGUUGGCUUUGGUUAUGGCACCCUGA